GAAGCGCAUUAGUAGCGGCUUGUUUUAGAAGCAGACAUUAACAUUAUGGGCCGUAGUGGACUUUACAGCACAAUACACAGUUGUUACUGGUUUAACAAUAUCAGCGAAUAGCUAAAAUUACAAUAGGUAAUAGCACGGUUACCGACAAAAGCAGCAGUUACUUCAGAAGGACUUGAUACAGUAGUGCGGGUGUGAGUAGUUAUGGCUCGUAUAACAUGUAGCCUGUGUAGUAAUAUCUACCAGUCCCAUAUUAGCGUGAAAUUAUUGGAUUUAAUAUACUCAAACUCCUCGCUCGUAAUUCCUCUGUACCCUCGCAAUGCUCUAUUUCCGUUCGACUGCGCAUGCGCAUCCGGCUGUUCGCGGUUGCGCCAAUUGGUAGAGGAUGUUGCUAGCAGCCAGUGUAGAUGCACAGGCUUUUCACAACAAUAACACCAACAAAAUUUGCAUCUCUGCGACUCUGAUUUGAGGAUUAUAGGUUCCGAGGGUUUUCGGAAACGGUGCAUUGGACUGCGUGACGCCGAAACCCCCUUCUGCGUUUUUGGCUACGUCUUCUGUUGACAAUGGGAGCGGAGGGGUUUGCAAAUCUACAAGGCUCCUUCUUGCCGGGGCAGGAACAAGAAUCAUGGCUGGCCAGCUAGGCCGCAGUUGGGUUUUGUAGCUAGCAGCAACAGCCCGUAGACAUUAAAAUACUGUGUACAGGCUUGGCACUUGCACAUACAGACUUUUGCUUAGGAGCCGGUUUUUAAUCGCACAACUAUUGUUCAUUUUCCGUUUCUUGAGGGUAGCUGGUGAACCCGCUAACUUCAACCUUGACUGGCUGACGUCUUGCCUUCGUAGCUAUUUAGCCGGCUAACGAUAGCUAGCAACGCUUCGUCAACCAUCCACUGGACAAAAUCAUCAAGACCAACACAUACAUUGUGGGAUUUACUGUCAUUGUUGGCCGCCACUUCGGCAUUUGCACUGCAAUUUCCCCGUGUAGCGACCGCCUCUGGAUGAAUGUGGGACAAAAUGGAGACCCCGACGAUUGUGUACGAUUUGGAUACCUCUGGGGGCUUAAUGGAGCAAAUCCAAACAUUACUGGCGCCGCCGAAGUCAGAGGAAGUCGAGAAGAGGAGUCGGAAGUUGGUGAGAGACGUCCGAAGGAGCGGCAGGGCCACCAACCACGACACCUGCGAUAGCUGCCGGGAGGGGGGAGAUCUACUAUGCUGUGACCACUGCCCCGCAGCCUUCCACCUCCAGUGCUGUAAUCCACCUUUGAGUGAAGAAAUGCUUCCUCCGGGGGAAUGGAUGUGUCACCGCUGCAAUAUACGGAAAAAGAAGCGCGAGCAGAAGCCAGAUCAGACCAACGGUCUGCCAGAGAGGUCCUUGACUAAACGCGCUGCUUCCCCAGCCAUGGAGCUGGAGCUCAAUGCCGGUCCCCUGCGGCUUGAUGGUCUGCCUCCGGGAGCAGGAGCUGCAGGACCAGGUUUACGUGUGGCCCAGGUGCGGCUUUUGGAGCGCAGGUCAAGCAGUAGGCCAAGCAGCCGGCCCGGGACGCCGACCUCGAACACUUCGUCCACCCCGACCCCCUCAGAGGAGCAGAAUGACGUAGAGGAGGAGGUUGUAGAACCUGAGGAUGAAGUUCAGGGUGCAGAGCUUGAAGGUGCUAUACUAUCUGCUCCAUCCCCACGCCUCCUCAAGAGGCCUUUCCAGCUGCUAAUAGCAGCAGCUAUGGAGAGAAACCCCACACAGUUCCAGCUGCCCACUGAGCUUACAUGCACUACUGCACUGCCAGGCAGCAGUAAACGGAGGAGAAAAGAGGAGCUACUGGGGAAGCCAUUUAGGCGGCCGCAGCAUGAACUGGAUCCCAAUGGCCUGGUUCCACUGCCAGUCAAAAUUUGUUUCUCAUGCAACCGGAGUUGCAGGUUGGCUCCAUUGAUCCAGUGUGAUUACUGCCCCCUUCUGUUCCACAUGGACUGUCUGGAUCCCCCACUCACAGCUUUACCUGCUGGAAAAUGGAUGUGUCCGAACCACGUCGAGCACUUAGUGCUGAAUCAGAAGACCCUGAGCUUGUCCAGCCGCUGUCAGCUCUUCGACCAGUUCCAGGACAGGAUGUCCCAGCAUGCUGUCAAAUUGGACUUCCUGCGCAGAGUCCAUCGGCAAAAUGCACCCAUCAGGCGCACCACCAUCCAGCACAACAGGAAGACUAUCAAGGUGCCAGAUUCCAUUAAGUCCCAAUACCAGAAUCCUCCUCCCAUGCUGUUUCCUGCGGGAGUGCAUCAGCUGGAGCUGGUUUGUAGUGGUGUUCCUGAGCGUCAGCCCUCAAGGCACCUCACCACGGAGGCUGAACAAAAGGAGUGGCUGCAGGAUGUCAUCGCCCUUCAGUGCAGCAUCAUGCGACACUUAUCCAUCAAGCAGAAGACUUCAUCCACAGCGACCACACCGUCGCUAACAUCAGCAAAGACUGAGUCUGAGCAGAAAGUUGGUACUAAAACAUGUGAAAUGUCCGAAGACAUGAAAACUCGAGCGUCUUCAGGAAGGACUUCUUCCUCUGAGCCCUGCUCUAAACCCUGCAGCACACCUGAUGACCAACAUGGGGCCUCUCUUUCACGGGACACACCAGCAGAGCUGAGUGUUUGUAAAUGCAGCAUGACAACAUGUCAGAACUGUAGGAAACCUAACGGACCUCUAGAACAGGAAUGUCAACCUCCCAAGGCCAACGGACCUGUAGACUGUAACAGUUCCUCAGAGUCUUGCAGACAAGUGGAGCUGCAGGGCAGAAUGAAGCCCAGUGCAGUACCUGCAGCCCCUGCACCUACCUCUGUUCUGGUGAACCACAUAGGCGCACAAACGGUUAAAAAGGAGCCGGAAAGCACGACAGAGGCUUGCUCUCAGAAAAUCUGCCCCACUGCCCCAACGAUAUGGCCCCACAGUGGCCAACAAAUCCACAGGAACCAGACGGUGUGUCAGGAGCAGUCGAUGACCAGCAACGAAAAACACUUCUCCUCCGUCACCAGCAGUGCCCGAUCUGACACACCAAUUAAAGGCAAUCAGGAGCAUGACUCAAGCAAGCUGGGAUCAUCUACACCCACUCCAGAGGUAAAAGCUGGACCUGGAAUGGAUUCAUUGGUGCCCAACAGUCUCCCUUCAGUCGCUGACCUGUCAAGCUGCAUGAAGGGUGGAGAGGGCGAUGAAGGAGGCAUCAUGCUGGACAAACUGGAUGCAGAGAUGAUCAAGCUCCUGGCCUGGCAGAGGAUCCAGCAACUUUUCCCUCCCAAAGCACCCAAGUCUUUGCUUCCCCCAGUGACCAGCGAUACCACCAAAACCCCACCCCCCCACCCCGACAGUCAGAAGAAGGUGCAGGCUCGAGCUGUCUUCUACCCUCUGACAGGGAAAGGCGGAGCUGUCAGUAUGUGCUAUAGGACAUUAUACAUAGGAUCGGGUGCUGACAUGGACGUGUGCCUUACAAACUAUGGUCAUUGCAACUAUAUUUCGGGGAAACACGCCUGUAUUUUCUAUGAUGAGAAUACCAAGCACUAUGAGCUGCUCAACUACAGUGAGCACGGCACCACGGUGGACAAUGUCCUCUACUCGUGUGACUUUUCUGAAAAGGUCUCGCCAUCUGCACCCAGCGGCCUGGUGGCCAAAGUCCAAGGCAUCAUCCGACGGAGUAAGAAGCGCGAGGAGGGCGAGGCUUCCAGCUCUGUGGUGGGUCUGCUGCCACCUGACGGAGUGAUGAGCAGCCAGUCUCAGGGCGGCUCCGAGCUGUCCUGCACCUGCAAGGCGAGCAGCUCCAGCUUGAUCGGAGGCAGUGGUGCGGGGUGGGAGGGCACGGCCCUCCUUCACCAUGGGAGCUACAUUAAGCUGGGCUGCCUCCAGUUUGUCUUUAGCAUCACUGAGUUUGCAAGUAAGCAGCCCAAAGAGGAGCAGGCGGCCACGUCUGCUGCUGGUUGCACCGGCACCGGCAGCACCACCAGCAGCAGUAACGCAGCCAGUGCCACUACCAACCCCACCCCCCCUACACCACUACCACCACUGCCCAACACUGCCACAGUGAGCAGCCCCUCCAGCCAGGACGAGGCUGACGCUGAGAGUGUCCCUCCCCACCAAGUGCCCGUAUUGCACUCCAGCUCUGUUCCAUAACCCGCACAGGAAGUCCCGCCCUCCCUCCUUUUUUGUUUUGCACCUUUGCAGUUGCAAUGAAGGGAAAUAAAUCUGCACAGCUGGUUGGUCAACAGGGAAAAGUUGAUUUUUUUUUCCUAUUUUCUUUUUUUUUAAUGGUUUAUAUCUUUGCAUGAACUUGAAGUAUUAUUGACAAUCUGUUCUGUUUUUGAAUGACUGACGGUAACCCUCUGUUCACUUCGACCAUUAGGAGUUUGAGCAACAUUAUUUACCUAUGCUCAGUUUUUUUGGUUGGUUUUUUUUCUUUGUUUUUUUUUGCCAGUAUAUGUUAUGUAUGUAUGGUGUAACAUUAUUCUGUCAGUCAUCCCAUUUAGCACAAACUGUUUAUUUUGUAGUAGUGAAUUCCAUACAUUCUAAUUUCUUUUGCUGCUUUUGCACCACAGGUAGCUAUAUAUGUAUGAAAACAUACAUGCUUAUACACUAUGAUAUGUAUAUAUAAUGUAAAUAUAUACAAUUUGGUGCCUCUCAAUUGGAGAAGUGCUGGAUUUCAUGUAGAUUUACCAUUUUUUGGUUUUUAACUGUACAGUUCAUGAAAUUUGUGAUACCAUGUGGAGUACCAGAAGUUUUGUGAUAAAACUUGUUCCUAGUCUGUAUUUUCCGCUGUAGUCCAUCUGUAAAUACCACAAUGUUUUAGCACUCAUUUUAACAACAUGUGCUGCUCUGUAUAUAAGCACUCUGUCUGUAUCUGCUUGUCUGUUCAAACCUGUAAAUACAGAAAGAUUUUCUAAGAACAAA